CUUAAUAAGUAAGUGGAAUACAUAUGAAUUUUUAAAAAGUCUUUAAAUCCCCUCUAGACUAAUCUUUUCUUUUUUAACUACCCAUCGUGUGAUCCAAGUCCAAACCGCUAGGGGGCGACGAUGCGCCUCUAAGCCGGUUCUCCAACCGCAAGGAAAACCAAAACAAGCAGAAGAAGUUUCUCACGUAGACCUUACGAAUUAGAAAUGGACCUAAUUUGUGCGCGUUUGUGUUUUUUUGUAUAGCUCUGAUCCACUUAUGGGCCGUUUCUUUGGCUAUAUCUUUAUGAACAAGUGUUGGUGUUAAAGUUACCGUGGUUACAAUCCGCGUUACGUUAACGUUUCGCAUCGUGAGCAGUUUCAGUUGUCGUAAAGUUAUCCCGCCAGCAGCAGCAGCCAAGCGUCCAUGCAGCUGAGUAACUCAGAGAGACCGGCUCCAUGGCUGCGAGACGGACGCUGGUGGACUGCGCGGUGUUGUCACUGCACGGCGCCUGCGUGUUUUAUCCGUGCUGCAAACACUGCUUCUCGAGGGCUGACGUUGAGCAGCAGGACCCGACCAGAUGCAGAUGCUCCAAGUGCGGUUCCAGCUGUCUGAGGGAGCAGGUGGAUUACAGGUAUCGUCUCUCACUGAGGGUGUCCCGGGACAGCUGCAUAUUUGGAGUAACAGUAUUUGGAAGCUGCCUGAAUCCAUUCUUUGGCAUUCAUGCAAAGGGGUUACACAGGUUGGUGGAGAACUCGGACGGAGCAUCGACCAGAUCCACACUGCUGAUGAAGGCUGUCGAGGAUUGCUUCAUCGGCAGGCAUUUCAUCUUUGGUAUAAAGGUAACCGAAACAGAAAGUCUGCCUUGGUUAGGAGGGCCGGUUGUGAAUGGCUCGAGCAGGAAAGAAACAGCCCACUUCAUUGCCAGUCAGGUGAUUCUCCCAAACGGUACAGGCAUGGAAGGCUGCACCGUGGUCAGUUAUUAUCAGACCCUUCUUCAGAAAGCUGCAGAAUGUAAGCUUGGGUCCACCGAUCCCAGCAGAACCUCCAGACCCCCAGCAACAACCCUGCUGCUGAUUCCUCACCGGUUUCCAGCCAGCAGCUUCAAUAAUUCCACACUUUCUGCCUCAGGUCUUCUUUCCCAGUUACCACAAAGUUCUCGGUACCGAGAUGGCACCCUAACUCCCACCCCUCCGUGGGAACAGUCUCUUGGACUAGUUACUUCAUCAGCGGAGCAGGAGGAAGGCUGCAGUGGAGAUGAGAACAGCAGACAGACGGAAAACAAAAGGACACGACGUGGUGCACAGAGAGGCUGCCUGGAGAGUCAUACAGUCACAGAGGAGCCGUCACCUCUUCUCUCUUUAGAGGGCAGUGCUUCCAGUCGUCUAUCCUUUGCCAGAUACCCAUACCCACCAGCUGUUGGAAACACGUCUAUCCUGAACACUUUGUUCAGCCCCCCCCCGGCUGGCCACAACAUCUCCAAGGAGAAGAGGUUUUCUACCCGGCAACUCAACCAAACCUUGUUGUCAAGCUCCCUGGCUUGGGAAGAUUUUCCUUUCUCCGAGAGCCUUUCUGAGUUUCUGUGUGAGGACGACAAACAUUUUGACCCGGUUGGUGAAACGGAUCUAAAUAUGCUAAAUAAGAAAGAAACAAGAAACAACCUGGAAAUCGGUUCACAAGACGAGAACGUAUCUCACGAAUCAACUUCUGUUUGUCAAGGUAACACACAGAUUACAGACAGUCCAUCACAGAUAUUACUGGAAAUCACCAAUACACCUGUACCCAAUGGAGGUGGUGACGGACGUGAUCUACCUGACCAGAUAUACAAAACUCCUGUUGGAUGUCGAUUAAAGAGUCGAGCCCAAACCUUUUGUACCCAUGAGUGUAAUCAGGAGGACGAUAAAUCUCAUUCUCUGUCUUCUGAAAAUGAAGAAGAGCAGCGUGAAGGAGACGCCUACAAUUGUUCAGCAGACCUAUUCGGUAGCUCACUCCUUAUCGAAACGAGCACGAACACACAUGCCGAAACUGUCGCGGCGACCGCAGGCGCUUGCCCUCUGCUUCCCACAGCUAACAAACAGCAGCGGAGGAGUAAAAACGAUACACAUUCAACACCAGACAAUCGGAAAAGUAAGAAAUGCAUCGACCGAGACGGUUUGAUUCCAAAAGGCACCCGCGAUAUUGAAUUCAUCCCCCCCUCCCGGUCCACCCCCACUGUCGCUGCCUCCUCAUACAGAAAAUUGACAUUGGCUGAAUUCAGUCCACAACCCGGCGGUCAAGAUUCAAGUUCUUUUUACAGAAAUCUGCAUGAAUUUGACCGCCGAGAGACCGCCAGUAGCACCUCCCCUCGUAAACUAAACUGUGUCAGUGCUAAGCAGCUGUCCCAGGAUGGCAGAGAGUCUUCAAAGGAAAACGUGCCGUGGGGUAAGACUUCCCGCAGACACAGAUUUACCCCCGAAAGUGGGUUCUGGACACCCGACGAGCAUAAAAAAGGUCUGCUGGCUCAGGAGCACCCAAGGGUCCAGAGAGGGGCUCUUAGCACGGGGUCAACCGGAAGGAUCAACCACAGACGGGACUCAAGUGAUGCGACCGUCUCCGAUUUUGAGGACAAUGAAGCAAUUAUUCCUCCGACUCCUGUUGCGGAAACACGACUGAGUGUGAAGCUCAGAAGAAGAAGAAUGCAGACUGGAAACGGCGGCAGUGAUUUAGAUUAUUCUGGGGAAGGACAGCCAGGAGAUGGCGUUUGUUGUAAAAGAGCUCUGUCGGAUCAAACGGUCACAUCGUCGCGGAAAGGUCCGGCACAAACGGAACGACGCGACAGUACGGCGGUCGACGAGGGGAUUCUGGACGAGUCUCAUCGUUGCCUCCUCGACGAUGAGAACGAGGCAUGUGAUUGGUCCAGGGAUCUAUUCUCUGACUCGAUUUGAGAGGUUCUGUUGCAGACAGCCUUGAUUUUGACACAAUAAUCCACAAAAUAAUGAACUUGAAAAAACGAUGCAUGUCAGCUCGUACUUCUAACUGCAGAAGGAUCUAAGAAUAGAUCCUGUAUACUCAACAUAGGAGAGAGGCUGUCAAAAGGCACUACACCUGCACCACCUGCUGCUAUUUGCACUUUAUCUUUAAAAAUGUAUCCAUGUUCCCACCUAUUGCAAUUUCCAUUCACAAACGUGCAGUGAAACGGGUGAUUUCGGAUCCUGUCGCUGAAUUGUAGCCAAUCAUUGCUCCAAGUUACUACAUCCUGUACUUUUACGGCAGCAGGUGGGGCAACUUCUUAUUAACGGCAAAAAAUGAAUCGCAUAUGAUAUGGAUUUAUUGUUUGGAUGUCCACAUACUAUUUGGGAUUUAUAUCCGUUCUGCACUUUAAAAUAAUCCACGGCUUUUUUUUGUUGGAAACGUCUCGCCAACUCAAAUCUUCAGAUCAGAUGAACUUUUAAACAUUCAGGUGUGUAAUUGUCUUUUACCUUGUUGGAGGUAUUUGGACCGUGACAUGUAGUUGCACCCUCGUCAUUGCAUUGUACUCGUAACCCUGUCUGUUCUCUGUUGGUUCUACAACCUUGAAUGCUAUUAAAGGGAAGUCAAAAAGGA